GUUCGUCCAUGAGUUGUUUAGGUUGCAAGGGAAAGGAUACUUGUGUCUGCCGCUCAUGGCCUUUGCAAGAAAUUAAGCCGCUCAAGAAACGUAUCCCUCCUCUCAACUCUAUCAUCUUUUAUAUAUGUUCCUCCUCAAGAUCUUCACGAUCAUUUAUCAAUGGGAAAUUGUGUUUUCAAAGGGUUUGGAGGGAUGGAAGAAAUGGUGAAGGUGGUGACCUCGAAUGGCGGCAUCAUGGAGCUCUACGCACCCAUCACUGCAGAGUGCAUAACCAACGAGUUCCCCGGCCAUGCCAUUUUCCGAAGCCGCAGCCUCUUUGCGCCGCCUCUCCUCCACAACGAAGAACUCCACUCGGGCAAACUCUACUAUCUCCUCCCUCUAAACCCCUACAAGCCCAACACUACCAACAACAACAACAUGAUCAGUGGGUCCGAGUCCGAGCAACCCGACGACACGACCGUCGUUAACGCCAAUUACGUGUCUUCUUCAUCGUCUAACGUUUUAGCGACACCAUACCGCAUGUCGUCAUGCGACAACCAAGGGAUCAUGAAGCGGUUCUCGGAGCCGGAAGUCGUUCCGAGGUAUAAUAGCUCCGGAGUUUGGAAAGUGAAGCUUGUGAUUAGUCCUGAGCAGUUGUCGGAGAUUUUGUCGCAGGAUGCUCGCACCGAGGCGUUGAUAGAGAGCGUGAGGACCGUUGCCAAGUGCGGCAAUGGCGUGCCGUCGGCGACUAAUUCAGACCAGUGGAGCUUGUCCAGUAGUUGGAAGGGAUAGUCCCAUCGAUGUGAAGUAAAUACAUAUAUGUUUAUUUUUUCCAGUUCAUUUUUUUUUUCGGUUUUUAAAUUUAAAUGUUAAUGCAUGUAGGGUAGCAACUUGAUGAAAUGAAACUUGAUGCAGCUGCAUGUGAAGUAAUUUGUACCCCUUUUUAGCUAAAUUUGGAGGCAUUAUAUUAUAUGUUGGUAGUUUAAUAAAA